AUGUCCAAACUCUUCAUCGGUGGCCUGGCAUGGCAUACCACAGACGACACCCUGCGUCAAGGGUUCGAGAAGUUCGGCACAAUCGAAGAAGCCAUCGUCAUCAAGGAUCGAGAUACCAACCGUAGUCGUGGAUUUGGUUUUGUGCGAUUCGCAACUGAUGCCGAAGCUGACGCUGCGAUUGAUGGCAUGAACAACCAGGAAUUCGAUGGACGUGUUAUUCGAGUCGACCGAGCAUCAAACAAUGCCAGCUCGCGAAACGAAGGCGGUGGUUUUCACGGCCGUGGAGGAUAUAACCGUUUCGAAGGUGGUAACAACCGUGGAGGUUACAGCGGUGGUGGAUACAGUGGUCACGGAGGUUGGGGUGGGAAUCAAUACCAAGGUCAAGGAGGACAAGGGUCUGCCUAA